UUUUAUUUAUAUCUGUUAUGGUGGCGCGUAGUUAAUGAAUUUUGAGCGGUGUACGUUGUUUGUUGUUUUCUUUCCGUAAUAAAUUGUAAAUUAGUCGAAUAUCCAAUUACUGUUAAUAUUUGAGCUUAUAGUCAAGUGACCCACAGUAGCACAAUGAGCUACAGAGAUUCUUACUCAAUAUUUCCAAGAUCUCAUUCAUACUGUGCAGCUAAUGAGCAGCGUGUAGGAUCCUACCUAAGGACUUUAAUGAGUUUUGGUUCGUCACCGUCGUCGGUGCUGAGUUCUCUGUCUUCGUUCCGGUCGCGGCCGUUCGCCGACAUAAGUUACAGUCCCACGCCCGACUUGAACGAGGUCUACCCUGGAUUGUACGUUGGUGAUGCCGUCGCCGCCAAAGAUAAAGCUUUCCUGCGUCGUAUGGGUAUAAACUACGUGCUGAACACAGCUGAGGGUAGCCGAUACACCCAAGUGGACACAGGUCACCUUUACUACCGUGACUGUCCCGGGCUCCGGUACAAGGGUUUCCAGCUGAUGGACCUGCCCACCACCGACAUAUCCAAAUACUUCCACAUCGCUGCCAACUUCAUUGAUGAGGGUGUUUCAAGUGGAGGUCGUGUACUCGUCCACUGUUUGAUGGGAGUGUCCCGGUCGGCUACUUGCGCACUAGCAUUUCUGAUGAUCAAGAGAGGCAUGUCUCUGACUGAGGCUCUGGCGAUGGUCCGCUCGCGUCGGGACAUUCAUCCCAACGAGGGAUUCCUGCGACAGCUGCAACAACUCGACCGGGAACUGCGCGUUAGUCGCAUCCGCUGACCAUACACCCCCCUACAGCCUCGCUUCAGUCUCUCAUUCGACUUCAAAUACGACCGGCACAGAGUGCGUAGUCUCGACAGAUCACACACCAGUCGUUACUGACGGACCAUUUUGUGAUUAGUCGAAACUGAAGUGAACGCUCAAAGAUGAAUCCAAUCCAAAGAUUUUGAUGAAUUUUACUGUUAUAUAAAACAUAAGGACAAUAUUUUCCUCUUGAUUGUCCAAAUAUAACCUAGUCUAUUAUGUGGACAGAUUGUUUAUGAAAUCAUAUUAUUUUAUAGGGAUUUAUUUAUAUUUACUUAAUUGUAACAUUGAUGUUAUUUUUAUAGAAUUGUUAAACAUUUCAAUAUAAAAUAUGAAAGGAAAUUUUAUUUUUGUAAAAAUAGUAAAUAAAAAUCGUAUUAUUUAAAACAUAUUCUCAUGUGCCAUUAAUCAUAAUUUAUAUUAAAAUUAGAAUUUUGAGUAAGAAAAUAUUAUAUUUAUUCAAAAAUACACUUCAUAUUUACAUUACCAGAAAAAUAUUAUAUAGUAUUUAGAGUUUAUUCUGUAAAAGUUAUGUCCAUUACAUAAGAUGUUACGACUUUUAGAUUAAAAUUUAAAUAUAUGAUUAACGUAACUAUAGUACAAUAUUGUAGCCUUACAGUUAUGAUGUAUGAAUUGUAUUUUCUGUAUAUGUCUGUAAAGAAUCAGGUUUGUUGUUAUGUAUAGUACAGGGGUCAGCAACCUUACAAGAUGAAAGAGCAAAAAUGCUAUUUGAUCCAACGAAAAAUUUUGUUUUAAUUAUGAUUCAGAUAUUAUUUUAAAUAAAUUACUAAAUGUCUAUCUCUAAGGUUAUAGUCAGUAUGUCUCAAUCGUAUUAGUAUGUGGAUUCAACUAGGUUUGACAGUAAAAUAAUUUUCUUAUAUGAAAUUUGAAUCUCAGGUUGCCAACCCCUGAUAUAGUAUAAUAGCUUUACUUUCUUAAAGACUGGCACCUAUGGCAGUUUAGCAAUGGACUUGUUUGAAGUACUAUAUAUGGUUGGGUGUGUAUUAGAACUUUAAAUGUAUGUCAUUGUCGUGUCCACUAGUGUCACAGAGCCUGAGCAUUCAUUGUUUAAACAUUGGUACUGACUGGUUGCCAACACCUGUGACACUUGGCUGCAUAUUCGUGUCACUAUUAAUCUAUUUAAAGUAUACUCUCAUCGUCAUAUAUAAUUCAUCAUGAAAUCUACUUUUGAUAUUCAUAUAGAUUAUAUAAAAAUAGGUACUAGGCUUAGAUAUUGUGUUGAUUGAUAGGAUAUUGAUUUAAAAGUAAUUGAAAUAAAUUGGUUACAUCAAUUUUUUUUUUAUAGAACAUUGUGAUUACCUGUUACUAGUCUUGAGUGUAAGUCCAAUAUUUACAAUGUGAUAGGCACCAAAGGAAGCAAACAUUGUGAUAUUGAAUGGAGAAUAUAAAUAUAUUUUAGAUGAUAUGAACAAUCUGGUUGUAAUAAUAUAGCUAAAGAUCUAUUUUAGAAGGAAUAUUAUGUAAUGGUAAAAUAAAUAAACGAAACUGUUUCUAAUUUAAGUUCUUUAGGUUUGGCUAGAUAGUAAAAGUGCAUGAAAUAAAAACAAUAAUUGUAAUAUCAUAACAAUUCUAUUUUACAUUUAUUUCAAGGUUGACAUGUCUAAUGAAAUAAGUCAUGUAUUCAAUAUUUUUAAGCUAUGAUUUCAAGUUCCUGAGACGUUCAAUUCCUGUAAGGGGUAACGUUUUUUAGGACAUUUGAUAAUCUACAAAGCUUUUUCUGUUUAACUACUCCCUAUUAACCAUUCCUGGUCUGAUGGAAAUACAUAACUGAUUAUUAAAUAACAUAUAGACAAGAUAUGCCUUUUUGUUCAUUCAUAGUCACAACACAUCUUAUUGGUACCCAAUUUAUUUAUAACGAGUGUUUAUAUAUUAAAUAGCAGAUACAAGUCAAAUUGUUUACCUAUGAUAAUUAUCUUGAUAAAUGUAGCAUGUAUUUAUUUCCUUUUUAACUUUUAAACUUUUGUUAAAUAUAAUUUUUAUUAGUAAGAAUAUGUAAUGGAUUUUGAUAACCAUCAAAUUAAACUACAAAUGAUAAUUU